AUGUGCAGAAUAAGGUAUUUUAAUUCAUUUUUCUGUGAAGAAUUAUUCUCCAAAGAAGUACAAAGUCUUAGUGAACUUCCAUUAGAUAAAUUGAUCCAACUUAAAUCCAACUUAGCAGCUGAAAACAAUGAGUUGGAAGAACCUGAAAUUGAGCCAGAAAUGGAGGGAAGAAUCGCUUCACCAUUAUCAAUGCAAUUAAAACGGCAUGAUCCACAUCGAUCGAAAUCAAUUAAGAGAUUCAGUGACUGGGAAGAGUCAGAUAAUAAAAUAUCAAAAAUUUUUCACUUUGCUUUAACUACUUUAGCUUUUUUGGCAUUCGGAGGAUAUUUAUUAUGUCUUGUUAUUACAUCAAUAAGAAGAAAUUCAGUAAUUCCUGGCAAUGUUAUUGUUUUAUCGAGUCUACAGAAUUUGCAAAAAUAUUCAAGACCAAAACGAAAUUUAAACAUUAUUGAUCCAAUAGAAAAUAACUUUGAUAUUGACCGAGCUUACCAAGGAAUGGUUAUGCUAUCAAGAGAAUAUGCUUCCUACAACAAAUUAAAGUGA